AUCUGGAGCGAGGAUGCCGAUAAGUUAGAUUUCGAUCGCUGGAACAGGAUUUCCCAGACGAAGGCAGGAAGUCCGUAUGCAUUUGCGGCAUUCAAUGGGGGGCCGAGAGUGUGCAUCAAGAAGCGCUUUGCCAUGUUGUUGUUUAAGGUUGUGUUAGUGGAGAUGGGUAAGAGAUUUGAGUUUGAAAUGGUUCGGGAGAUGAACAUCACGGUCGGAGCGGAAAUCCGGCGAUGA